AUGACGGCUAUCAUCCAGAAAUUACGACGCAAGCGAAAGCUAUCCUCAGAGCUGCACUCGCGAUGGGGGGAUGUCUCCAUCACCUAUCCCAAUGGUGGGUCCUGGAGUCAAUGGGAUCAGUCUUCUACCGGCGCAACUUCAGCCUCUCCCGACCACGAGCGACGGCAUGGUUCUUUGGAACUCAAUCGAUCCGCCACCGCGCCGCGCCUGGGGAGUUACAGCCGCAUUGGGGAUGCCAAUGUGCGGGCGCCAUCCGUGGAUUCAGCCAUGACGAUUCCUACCGGCCACUAUGAUGCACGAGUUAGUCGAAUGCGGAGGAAAAAUCAACAGCAGAGCCCUCCAAUCGGCCUGUCGCAGGCCCUCGAUUCUCCCCGUGAAUGCGACCAUGCAUCUUGUUCAGACGAGUCCUCUGGAGACGAGGACGACGUGGCCGUGCCCGCCCCUCUCAAUGUCUCCCGCGACCGAAAUCCAGCCGAAAAAGAAGAAGCAGACGCCUAUUCCCAUGCAUCGAAAUCGCCUCCUUUGUCGGUAACAUCUCGCAUGCGUAGCCGGCACAGCGCUCAGAGCCACACGAUGGAGCCUCCGAUGUCUGGACCUGGAACGGCCGGUUCGAAGCAUACGAGCUACACCUCCUCGGUGCCGUCGAAUCCAUCGGACGACCAGCGACCGCAGGGGCACCGUUUGUCUACGCAGCAUGAUCGAAAAUCAAUACGGCACCCCAAGCCAGAGCCGCUGAGUCUACCGACACAACCUGAAAUGGUGCCGUCGUAUGAUGAAUUGUACGGGUAA